CAGCAGCUAGAGCGCCCAGAGGGGGCAGGGGGUGUCCGGGGUGGAGAGGCGGCGGGCAGGUGGGCGUGAAACCGUUUCCCUACCCCCUUGAAAGCGGAGCCAGAUGGUGAGCGUCCUGACCACCCUGGAGCGCAGGUUCAACCUGCAGAGCGCAGACGUGGGUGUGAUCGCCAGCAGCUUCGAGAUUGGAAACCUGGCGCUCAUCCUCUUCGUGAGCUACUUCGGGGCACGCGGACACCGCCCUCGCCUCAUCGGCUGCGGUGGUAUCGUCAUGGCGCUGGGCGCACUGCUCUCUGCCCUGCCAGAGUUCCUGACCCACCAGUACAAGUACGAGGCUGGCGAGAUCCGCUGGGGCGCUGAGGGCCGCGACGUCUGCGCUGCCAACGGCUCAGGUGGCGACGAGGGGCCCGACCCUGACCUCAUCUGCCGCAACAGGACGGCCACCAACAUGAUGUACUUGCUGCUCAUUGGGGCCCAGGUGCUCCUGGGCAUCGGUGCUACCCCCGUGCAGCCCCUGGGGGUCUCCUACAUCGACGACCAUGUGCGGAGGAAGGACUCCUCGCUUUACAUAGGAAUCCUGUUCACAAUGUUGGUAUUUGGACCUGCCUGUGGAUUUAUUCUGGGCUCUUUCUGUACCAAAAUCUACGUGGAUGCAGUCUUCAUUGACACAAGUAACCUGGACAUCACUCCAGAUGACCCCCGCUGGAUCGGAGCCUGGUGGGGUGGCUUUCUGCUCUGCGGUGCCUUACUCUUCUUCUCCUCCCUCUUGAUGUUCGGGUUCCCACAGUCCCUGCCCCCACACUCAGACCCCGCCAUGGAGAGUGAGCAGGCCAUGCUCCCAGAAAGAGAAUAUGAGAGGCCCAAGCCCAGCAAUGGGGUCCUGAGGCACCCCCUGGAGCCAGAUAGCAGUGCCUCCUGCUUCCAGCAACUGAGAGUGAUCCCUAAGGUCACCAAGCACCUGCUCUCUAACCCUGUGUUCACCUGCAUCAUCCUGGCUGCCUGCAUGGAGAUCGCGGUGGUGGCUGGUUUUGCUGCCUUCCUGGGGAAGUACCUGGAGCAGCAGUUUAACCUCACCACUUCUUCUGCCAACCAGCUGCUUGGGAUGACUGCAAUUCCGUGCGCCUGUCUGGGAAUCUUCCUGGGUGGUCUCCUGGUGAAGAAGCUCAGCCUGUCCGCCCUGGGAGCUAUUCGGAUGGCCAUGCUUGUCAACCUGGUGUCCACGGCUUGCUAUGUCUCCUUCCUCUUCCUGGGCUGUGACACGGGCCCUGUGGCUGGGGUUACUGUUCCCUAUGGAAACAACUCAGCUCGUGGCUCUGCCCUGGACCCCUAUUCACCCUGCAAUAAGAACUGCGAAUGCCAAACCGACUCCUUCACUCCAGUGUGUGGGGCAGACGGCAUCACCUACCUGUCGGCCUGCUUUGCGGGCUGCAACAGCACGAAUCUCACAGGCUGUGCGUGCCUCACCACCAUCCCCCCUGAGAAUGCGACCGUGGUUCCCGGAAAAUGCCCCAGUCCCGGGUGCCAAGAGGCCUUCCUCACCUUCCUCUGUGUGAUGUGCGUCUGCAGCAUGAUUGGUGCCAUGGCCCAGACACCCUCAGUCAUCAUCCUUAUCAGGACAGUCAGCCCUGAACUCAAGUCCUACGCCCUAGGAGUUCUUUUUCUCCUCCUCCGUUUGUUGGGCUUCAUCCCUCCACCGCUCAUCUUUGGGGCCGGCAUCGACUCCACCUGCCUGUUCUGGAGCACGUUCUGUGGGGAGCAAGGCGCCUGCGUCCUCUAUGACAACGUGGUAUACAGAUACCUGUACGUCAGCAUCGCCAUCGCCCUCAAGUCCUUCGCCUUCAUCCUCUACACCACCACGUGGCAGUGCCUGAGGAAAAACUAUAAACGCUACAUCAAAAACCACGAGGGCGGGCUGAGCACCAGUGAGUUCUUUGCCUCUACUCUGACCCUAGACAAUCUGGGGAGGGACCCUGUGCCUGCACACCAGACACAUAGGACAAAAUUUAUCUACAACCUGGAAGACCAUGAGUGGUGUGAAAACAUGGAAUCCGUUUUAUAGUGACUAAAGGAGGGCUGAACUCCGCGUUAGUAAUCAAAGGGUCAUUUUUCUUAAGAAAACAGAAAAAAGGGUUUCAAAAAAAAAAUUCAAAACACACAUACACACACACACACACACACACACACACACACACACACAACCUUUGUCCUUUUUCUCAAAAAUCAGAGCCAGACAGGAUUCAGAAUAAGGAGAGAAUGGGAUUGUCCUGGAGGACGCUCGCACUGCUGGGGCUCACAGUCUACUUUGAAGGCACCUCAUGGUUUUCAGGAUGCCGACAGCUGCAAGCAACAGGCACUGCCAAAUUCAGGGAACAGUGGUGGCCAGCUUGGAGGAUGGACAUUUCUGGAUAUGUACACACAUACAAAACAAAAAUCAUAUAAAAACAAAAGUCUACUAAAAAGCAAACAAACAAACAACCCAAGUUCAAGUUGAGAACAUUGCCAGAUUAAGCACUAGUGACAUACCCAGUGCCACCCUCUCCCUCCUGGUGGGGGUGGGGAGGUGCACAAGUCUGAGGGGUGGAAGCCCUGCCCCUCUCUAACUUUUGCAAUAUGGGUCACUGUGUAGACGAUUCACCCAGUCUGCAUGUGGUUCAAGGCCCCAGAGUUCUCUCAGCGAUGCUAAUGGGUGAUCCAUGCUGGAGUGUGUAAUUGGCACCUCUCACCAGCUCCACUUCCAUGUUCAAGACUGAGGGUCCAAGGGGGAGCCGAGUGGGAGGCCAGCACCUCCCCUUCCCCUGGCAACACCUCCCUGCGGUGAUGCCCACCUCCCCCCUGCCCCACAGAGUGACCUCAGGAAGCUGUGGGCCUUGCCUGGCUAUGACUGACCUGCUCAGAGCCGGUAAGCCCCAAACACAGUCCAAGUCAUUUGCUUACAUUUGCCAAACAUUUUGCCAUUUUUUCAAAAAAAAAAAAAAAUACAAUGCAUAUGAAUUUCAAACUGUUGUAUGUAUAAUCCUCUAAUACUAUUUUUAACUACUUCUAAAACCUGUGUUAACCCUUCAGUCACUAACACAGUUCUAUAGAUUGGAUUUAUUAUGCUGGUUGCUUUUACUUUUCUCAUUUUUUUAAUGCACCAAAAAUAUAAUGUGAUUCAAGGGAUGCAAUUAAUCUAUUGUAAUUUUUAUCAUUUUAUUUUCACUUAGAUAUUCUGAAAAAAAAAAAGAAUAUACAAUGUGUUACAAGGAAAAAAAAUGCUUCAAAAAGGGUGUAUAAUGCAGCCUGCCUUUAAAAGAAUCACAUUUGAGACAACAGGGGAUAAUGUGAUGAAUUGCAAAUUUGCCUUCUGGCUUUAUUUCCCAUGAUUCAGUGAUCACUGUCAUGGGAAGCCCUUUUAUAUUCAAACUUCACAUUCCAAGAGGCGUUCUUUUCAGCCUGUAGAGAAGACACACUUCAAUGUGGGGUUUUUUUUUGUGUGUAUGUGUGAUGCUUCUGGGGACAGGAGAGAGAAAGUGCAGCUCCCCAACACAAGCUGUUGAGCAGGCGGUGGCAUCUGUGAUAAUAGACCACAAGCUCCGAGAAGCCAUCACAUGUCCAGUGCAUAGAAAUGUCAAUAGCAGUUCCAGGGCCAAUCUUGAACUAAGAGGUCUUUGUGUGUGUUUUGAAAGUGGCCGACUCUCAAACAGAGAAUGACCUUGUCAUUAUUUGGGGAACCUCUUGCAAUCAGCCCACUAAGCCUGUAUGACCAUUUCCAUAAGGAGACAGAGCAUUGGUGAGCACAGCACAUGCACAACAAAGGGUCUCAUGCUUCUUCAUGGACCCGAAAAGAUCCCAAAGUUGAGUUGGUUAGUUUGCUUUUUCACCUCAAACACCUAUUUAUAGUUUACCCACAUGGCAAGAAAAGGGUGAGGGGUGCUGGGCCAAAUUUUUUACAAAUACUGUAAAUGGGGAGGUCUGACUGACAGCACAAAACUAGAGAAAGCAUCAAGUAAAGACAAUCAAAAGGGAAGCUGUGUCACUAUCAUGGUGCAGGGCAAGUGUGAUUGGCCACCUGGGGCAGGAGGCUUCCAAAAUAUUGGCCUGUGUUCUGGAGUGUUAGGCUGUCCUUGUUCAUGAACGUGGGAAGCUCAUCAGUAAAUUAGUAAAUUAAUUAGUAAAAAAUCACCAACUGAUUCAUAUAAAAUAGAUGCUUUGUCACUCUUAAGGCCUCGGUCACCUUCUGUACAGGUUUUGGUUUGGUUUUGAAAACACACUGCUAAUAGGUCACUGCCUUCCCCUGUACUAUUGUGUUCCUCUCGACCCAGUACCCAUAUGCUGAGCCCUGUGACCCUGGUGUGUGUUUCAUGGGACUAUUCACUUUGAAAAACAAACAAACAAAAAUUUCCUAAAUGCUUUGCUUCUUGGAUUUUUUUCUUUCCCCUGAACUUUUACAAGGAAUGGGAAGAGAUGUUAGGAUAACAAAGGAAACCAACUCCAGGGCUCAGUUUCAGCAACAAUUGAAUAUCAAUUGAAAGUCCCCUGUGGCAAAAUUGCUUUCUAGUGUGUCCAAUAUCACCUUUUAAAAUUCUGUCUAGUUUUAAUUUUCCUUUUAUGCUAUAAAGAACCAUCCAAGGCUAAAUCUA